AUGGAGCGGCUGAUCCUGUGCGUGCUCCUGUGCGUGCUCCUGUGCGGUGCUCUGGCGAAGGGCUACAGUUGUCCCGGCCGCUGCAUCUGCCAGCACCUGUCGCCCACCCUGACGCUCCUCUGCGCCAAGACGGGACUCCUCUUCGUGCCGCCCACCAUCGACCGCAAGACGGUGGAGCUGCGACUCACCGACAACUUCAUCACCGUCAUCCGCAGGAAGGAUUUCUUCAACAUGACCAGCUUGGUGCACCUGACUUUGUCGCGCAACACCAUCAGCCAGAUUACUCCGCAGGCCUUUGUAGGCCUCCGCUCGCUGCGGGCGCUGCACAUGGAUGGAAACCGCCUGAGCGCCAUCAGGAGCGACCAUUUCAAAGGCCUGAACAACCUGCGGCACCUCAUCCUCGGAAACAACCAGAUCCACCAGGUCGCCGCUACGUCCUUUGACGAGUUUGUCUCCACCAUCGAGGACCUGGAUCUGUCCAACAACAACCUGCGGACCCUGCCUUGGGAAGCCAUAGCCCAGAUGACUAACAUCAACACGCUCACCCUGGACCAUAACCUGAUCGACCACAUCGGAGCAGGUACCUUUACCCUGCUCACCAAGCUGGUCCGCCUGGAUAUGACGUCCAACCGGCUGCAGAAGCUGCCGCCCGAUAGCCUGUUCCAGCACGCUCAGGUGCUGUCCGACGCCAAGGGCUCCAGCUCGUCCACUCUGGCCGUCAGCUUCGGGGGCAACCCGCUUCACUGCAACUGCGAGCUGCUCUGGCUCCGUCGGCUGACCCGCGAAGACGACUUGGAAACUUGCGCCUCGCCCGACCACCUCAUGGACAAGUACUUCUGGUCCAUACAAGAAGAGGAGUUCAUCUGCGAACCGCCACUGAUUACCAAACACCUUACCACCAAGCCUCACGUGAUGGAAGGGCAAGGGGUCACCCUCAAGUGCAAGGCGGUCGGCGAUCCCGAGCCAAAGAUCCACUGGCGUUUGCCCGACGGCAAGCUGGUCCACAACAACUCCCGCACCAUCCUGUAUGAAAACGGCACCCUCGAUAUUCUCAUCACCACCCUGAAGGACAGCGGGGCCUUCAACUGCGUGGCCUCCAACGCGGCGGGCAUCGCCACGGCUGCCGUGGAGAUCAACAUGAUACCGCUGCCGCUGUUCGUCAACAACACGGGCCACAUGCGCGAAGACCCGGGCCUGUCCGACAUCACCACCUCGUCCAAGUCGGGCAACGACACCAAGCACAAGCAGGGCAGGAGAGUGGUGGUGACCGAGCUGACCUCGUCGUCGGCCGUCAUCCGAUGGCCGUCUGAGCGUCACAUCCCUGGAAUCAGAAUGUACCAAAUCCAAUACAACAGCACCGCUGACGACACGCUGGUGUACAGGAUGAUCCCGCCCACCAACAAGGAUUUCCAGAUCAACGACCUGGCGGCCGGACGCGAGUACGACCUGUGCGUGCUAGCCGUGUACGACGACGGCGUCACGUCGCUGACGGCCACGCGCGUGGUAGGCUGCAUCCAGUUCCACACGAACAACGAGGUCAGCCCGUGCCGAUUCAUGCACAGCCAGUUCCUGGGGGGCACCAUGAUCAUCAUUAUCGGCGGCAUCAUCGUGGCGUCCGUCCUGGUCUUCAUCGUCAUCCUCAUGAUCCGCUACAAGGCCUACGUCGGGCCAGAGGACACCAAGGCCAAGGCGGGCCCCGGCGUCCGAUCGCAGUCCAACGGCAGCCACCAACGACUGCAGCGCUCGGCAUCCGGUCAGGCUUCGGACGAGGGCCAGCGCGAGGGCUCCAAGGAAUGCAUGGCGCUGGUUCCGAAGGUGGACCGUGACAAGAAAGAGGACACCAGAGCCUUAGUGGCCGUCGGGGCGCCCUCCGCCGUCCCGGACGUGGAACUGCCUCCGUCGAGGAAGCGAAGGAGCAGCCUGCCGCCGGAGGACACGCAGACGGACAGCAGCCUGACGGGCUCCACCAUGUCGCUGUGCCUCAUCGCCCCGAAUGCCGGCUCGGCCGAGGCGCCGCGCUUCGUGGACAAAAAGGGACUCCUGGCCAAUGCCGGGCUGCUGAUGCCCGGCGAACUGGCGCGAACUCGGCACAGGUUCUCCUUCGACGGAGGGGACUACUCCAUAUUUCAGAGCCACAGUUACCCGCGGCGGGCCAGGACGAGGUGGCACCGCUCCACCAACCAGCUGGACGCCGAGUCGUCGCCCCUGGCCAACCGCCGGGUGACGUUCAGCAGCACCGAGUGGAUGCUGGAAAGCACCGUGUGAGCCGACAUGCCGCCAAACAGACAAAAAGUACAUUGGCCAUUCAUCCCGCCUUGCCAUUACACACGCCAGAGAGGUUUGUCAGCAAUCUGCGCCUCGUUUUUUCUUUCCCCAUUUCAGUUGGCAAUUGAAAAUCCAAACAAUGAGAAUAGAACUAAUUAUUUCUUCUCUAGUUUUUUUUUUUGUUUGGUUUUAAUUCAACACACAGGUGUCAAACUCACCCGUAAAGUUUACAGUGCAUUUCAGCUGAAGACUCACAUCUUGUCCUUAGAUUAUUGUUUUUCAAAGUAAAAGCACAGCAAAUGUUUUUAUUCCGAUUCAACACAAAGAUCAUUCGGGUUUAAUAGAAAACUACAGAAGUCAAAGAAUAAUUACUGUAAAAAAAAUAAAAUAAAAGUAGUCUCCAAAUGAUAAAUUGAUUAUUCAAAAAAGAAUAGAUUAAUUUCGUAAUCUACUGUUAGUUGUUUGAUUCAUCUUUGCACCUUUGACCAAAUGUAAACCAAACUCAACUUAAAACCGACAAACGACAUAAAACAUGAUUUAUUCACCCCGAAAAUUAAUUAUAAUAAUAAUCAGCCAUUCUUUCAUUUUUUGUAUUUCAAUUGCCAAUUGAAAAUGGGAAGAAGGAAUAACGUGCGGAUUGUCAGCCUAUGUUUCUUUAACGCAGCAGUGCCUUAAUUCUCACCAACGGAACAAAAAAAGUACAAAUGGAGGAUGCUGCUCGCUGUCGUCAAAAAAAAACAACCACAAAAAACUCUCGUCAUUCCUUUGACGAUUUGUUUGUUUACCCGUCCGUCCGUGUGAGGUUUGUAUGUUUUUUUUCUUUCAUUGUUCAAAAAAAAAGAGAAAAAAAAGCGCAACUUUCAAGUGAACAGCAACACAAAAAAACAUUUGUGCACAGAAGACACGAAGAUACGAGGACAUGUAUCAACACCAAGUAAUAAUUUAACGGGUUUAAAAAAAAAAAAAGAAAAACGUAUUUUACACGUUUCUUAACAGUGACGGGAUUCCUCCUCGCUU